AUGGCGGAUAGUUUUCAGAGAUUUUUGAAAAACAAUGGCAUUCAGCACAAGCAAGGUGCUCCAUACCACCCAUCGAUAAAUGGUCUUGCCGAACGUUAUGUGCAAACCUUUAAAAACAAACUUAAAGCAAUUAAUUGUAACAAAAAGUUAAUAAGUCAAGAAUUAUCAAACUUUUUAUUCGCUUACAGACGUGCUAUACAUCCAGCUACUGGGAAAUCUCCAUCAAUGCUCAUGUUUGGACAUCAAAUAAGAUCGCGCCUGGACUUAAUGCUACCAGUUGAAAACAAAAUACAUCGAAAUAAUUUCAAUGAGAACAUCAAACCCAAAUUUGUAUUAAAUGAAAGGGUUGCAGUGCGAGAUUAUUUAUCAGCAGUUAAAUGGAAAUUCGGUAAAGUGAUUGAAAUAGUCGGACAAUUACAUUUCAUGGUGAAGUUAGAUGAUGGGCGAAUCUGGAAAAGGCAUACCGAUCAAAUGCGCAAGGUUGGUGAAGAGGUGAGAUCUAGAGAACUAUUUAUAUGCAACAAGGAAAAUGAUAUCAUUGAGGAGGAGAACGAAGGUCCAAGUACAUCAAUGGAAUUACCAAUUAAACCACAAAGAACCACUAGUAUAGCAACAGAGACAACGGAGGUGCCAAUAGUUUCUGAGGCAGGCGAUGAACCGGCAGCGGAUGCAGGAGGUUCAGGUAAGGAAAAUAAUCAGGAAGUGUUAAGACGAUCAGAGAGACAAAGAAGGAAACCGGAUAAAUGGGGUUACGAGAAGAUGUAA